CCGGAAGUAAAAUGAGCUAAUUUGUUUAUUGUUGCUCACGAAACGCUGCCUCUGUGUACACGUUUAGAGAACAGUUAUUUUAUUCAGCCUCUAGCAGAAGCUGUUCAGUGCUUAAAAUAGCUCAGAUUUGUUUUUCGUUAGUGUAUUAGCUUAUUAACUGGCUGGAGUUCGGAUCCAUUUCGUGGUUCAGAUCACGUUAGUUAUAACUGUCUUUACCUACCUGCCAGCAUGUCUUACGCCGGGGCAGUGUGGCUUGCUGUUCAGGAGGACUUAUACAGAGGUGCGUGUAGCGAACUGACUCCUAAAAUUCUUAACAGCGACAGCAGGAACAGCAGUAGCACGGACCCCCGCGGCACAGUCCAGCUCAGCCACGAGUCAAUAAGUCGCCUGGACAUUUUCGAUGACUACUUUUUGUCACAGUGUUUUCAUUUCACUCGCCAGUGUCUGACUUUUAUUGUGGACUGCAUUAAAGCGCGCAUGAAAAAGGACGUGUUUAGACCCAGUAGCGACGCCACUUCAGUUGAAGCAAUGACACUUGCGGCACUGUAUUUCUACGCGCACGGUUUUCUCCCCAGGAAAAUCACAGACUUGCUGGGAUUGGAGCACGCGCGCGCAAGCGACGCCGUAAAUACCGUGUCUAAGGUCUUGGAGGACAUGUGCCCAGACUUUAUCACUUUCCCUGGCACUUACGAUGAUCGCAUGGGCGUUGCGCAGGGGUUUAAAUAUAUAAGUGGCAUUCCAAACGUGGUGGGGGUUUUGGGUUGUUUACAUGUCCAUGUGAGCCCUUCACUGGCCGAAGAGAGUCUUUUCCUUAACACCAGGGGUUACCAUUCAGUAAUGGUGCAGAUCAUAAGUGAUGUGGAUGGAAAUCUACUGAGUGUGGAGCAGUGCUGUCCUGGUGGGACUCAGGAACAGGCCGUUUGGGAAAGCUCAGAUAUUUGUCAAGAGUUUAACAGACUUCAGCAUGGUCAGACCUGGGUCCUGGGGGGUAAAGCUAUGUGUAAAGCUAAACAUGUGCUGAGCCCUGUGGAAAGCUCCCGGAUCAAGACUGAUGCAGCCAGACGUUUUAACACAGCUCAUUCUAAGGUUUGGAAAUCUGCUCAACACGUCUUAGGCUGUUUGACAACCCGCUUCCAAUGCUUGCAUAGUCUUGGAGCUGUGCUGGUUGAUAAUCUCAAGCCUGUAGCUCGCAUUGUCACUGCUUGCUGUGUUCUCCACAACAUCUCUAAAAAGUUUUCAGUGCCAUUACCCAGCAAACUGGUUCUGGAUCAUUUAUACCCAGAUCAAGAGAUGAGAGAAGAGGAACAGGAGAACUUUGUUGACACAGAAGAGGCAAUAGAAGACAUGAUAGAGAUGUGUUUUGGGAAUUCUGGGGAUGAGGAGGAGCAAGAAGAAACGAAAACCAUUGAGGACAUUGAAAACAGACACAAACCAAAUGGUGAUCACAAUUCACACAAUAACCUUUCUGAAUCUUGAAAGACAUUUCACGUGGGAACUGCAUUCUCACUCCCAAUGAACAGCCCCAGUGCAGAAUGCCAACCCAAGGAAGAAUAAUACAUAGUCCUCCCAAUAUAGUCUUUUCACAAAUCACUUGUUUAAAAUAGACACUGGUGUGUGUGUGUGUGUGUGUGUGUGUGUGUGCGUGCAGGGUUAUAGAGUAGCCAUCAACUUGUCUGUUUUAGUUAAGAUGUAGACACUAGAAAACUUUACUUUCUUCCUAUUCUAGGAAAAAUGGCUUACAAAGAGCAAUUAAUAAGAAAGUGUGCAGGUAACUUUGCUUGUGUAUACAUUUUAACUAAAACACAUGAGUGGCAUCUGUGGUUGCAGGUGGUUACCAUAACCCCCCCCCCCCCCCGUAUAUACGCACACUCCAGUUUCUACAAUGAUGGGCUUUACCAGGCUGUUUGAACGUAUCUGUGCUGACUGCUGCAGGAGAGCAAACAACAGUUUCUGUCACUUUCUAUUAAUUACCAUUAAAAUUAUUUAUAAACUCUUAGAUUUGACACUUCGUUGUGACCUUCCUUGUUUAAUUUAUUUCCAUUUUUUCUCUUUUGGCUGAAAAAGUGCAGUUUUUCAAAAGUAUAGACUUUUUAACUGACAAAGUUUGACAAAAAAUGUCAAAAAUAUCUUUUUUUUUUUUUUGCUGAAAUAUUUCAGUGGCAUCCCUAAAAAAAAAUAUAGUUAACUGCUGUUCACUCUGUACUAUGCAUGUUCACUAUAGUUUAAUGCUAGCUAAGUCAAACAUUCAUUGAUGGAGUUUAUUUCACAUUAAUGAAUUCAAAACAUACUCCAUUUACCUUGACAGAAAGUGAGAGGGCCACAUCUUUCAAGUGGGAAAAUCAAGAGGAGACAAGAGAUUACUAAUGGGAGAUUGGAGAAGGGGGCGGGGCUUUCAGUAGGUCAGUUAAUGUCAGAGAGUUCAAAACACCUACACAGCUGUCAGUCAUUCUAGAUUAAUAUGUCUGUUGGCUCAUCUUAUUUUUUAUUUUUAUUGGAAAAAGAUGACUGAUCUUUUUGAGUAUUUUUUAGUGAUAACUCGUAGCAGUCUAUUCUAAUGUUAAAAUGCGGCACUGGCAGGUCAAGUACAUUAGAAUGUAAUUUUAAUUAUUUUUUGGUCACAGAAUAUUUUUCUCCUGUCCAGAACAGCACCAGUCAUAACUCUGAGUUACACUACACUGUAAUAACUGUUGACUAUAGAUAUUUACCUUGUCUGCCUCGCUCACUUUGUUCAGCAGUGGCAGGCUCACAAAAGGCUUAUAAGUUUGCUUUUAAAGCAUUUUUACGUCACAAAAUGGAGAGGGGUUUAUGGGUAAGCAUGUGGGCAGGAAACGAAUGCUUAUAUGUAACUAUAUACAAAGUAAUAGAACAUAUGUAAAUAUGAAAUAAAGCUGAAAUAAUGUAUCGUUAAUAAGCUAGGUUAACAUGAGGUUAAGGUGGUUAACAUGAGCAUUAGGUGCAAGUUUGUUGGCUAGUGGACACAUUAUAUGCAAGUAUGAAGACUGGCCUGUGCAACUGCUUGUGCACAACAGUCUUGCAUGUUCACAGAUACAUGGACGCAGAAGUAUAAACUGCAACUGAAAAGGCUAUUCAGGAAAAUGCAGUCCUGAGUACCUUGUUAAUGGAUACUACAUAUCUUCAGGGAACUCUACAGAAACUUUCAACUGCACCGGUGUGUGAGGAGUGUACAAGUGUACAUUAUUCUGUUUUGCUCUCAAAACAUAACAGAUAACAGAUACAUGGGAAAAUAUGAUAGAUUAGCAUAGAAGAUGAAAAUGUUUGCUUUUAUUAUUUUUGCAAUAAAUGAUAAAUAAAUAAACAAAACACAAACAUUUCAGAAACUUUUCAUUCCUUAACAUUGUUUAUACAAUAUUGAAGUUGUAGGAAGUUUAAAAACAAAAGUCAGAUAAUUUCUCUCAAUAGACCAUGGGGGAUAUUCCAAAAUCUGGGUUCAUUUUAAAUGGCAUAGCAUAAAUGAUCCAGACAGCUGAAUCUAGGGGCUUGUCUGACGAAACAAGUUUGAUAUUGCACAGGUUCCCGACUAAGUUCUCGCUCACCAAAAUCUAAGUCAAAAUCUAAAUUAAUUCUUGUGCACAUGUACAUAAAAGAGUGCCAUUUGCUAACUUAUCAUGAAAGGUUGAGACCGUGUUAAGCUGCAGCAGAAAAAAAUCUCGCUAAAUAAAAGUGAAGCAUGUAAAACAAUAACGAUGGCAAAAGAAACAAAAUUUGGUAAUAGGUAAAUGUUAUUGCCUGGUUUGGACAUAUUUAAUGUAAUUAGUGAACGUAUGUUUCGUAGGCUAAACUGUGAAUUUCCCUUUGGGAUUAAUAAUGUGAUCAAUCUGUCUCUAAAAUUAUUCUUUAGUUGCAUCAUUGACAGUGUAAAGAUCAAAAACAAUUUUAAUAAAGCACUAAAAUGGAUGUUCUGUCUGCUUUUGUCUUAACGUGUACCUUUUAUAAAAAGAGAGAGAGCUGAUGAAUGGUUAAAAAAAAAAAAAAAAAAUGACCUAAAAGCAUUGGUGUAGCUUGCCUCUGCCAAAAUAGGCUCUAGAGUGAUAGUCUAUACUUUGUCUCUGGUAGCUGUGUUUGUGUUUUAAAAAGUGACGGAGCUAAGAGUAUUCCUCAUUUAAGGGAAAUUCUGUUGGAACUAGAACAAACAGGUAUGCAGAGUAGAAUUGUCAUGGUACCAAAAUAUUGACUUUCAUACCAAUAAUAGGUAUAGUAUUGCAGUUCCAAAAUGUUACUUAAAUAAAUCAAUUAAUAUGCAAGACUGAAACACACAGACUGAAGACAUUGAACACCCCAAAUUCAGAUUGCUAGGCCUGACAAUGUCAUGUAAAUUUUAUAUAAUUUACUUUUAUGAUUACAAAGCUGUACAUAAAAUAUAAUGGGGUUGGUGGGUGUUAACAGCAUCCAAACAUCCCAACUCUCUGCCUGUGAACCCUCCAGAUCUGCUCCUUUAUCAAAGAAAAAACUAUUCACAAAAGGCUUGACUAAACAAUUAUGUUUGCAGCCUAGACUUAAACACUGAGACUGUGUCUGAGCCCCGAACACUAAUUGGAAGGCUGUUCCAUAACUGUGGGGCUUUGUAAGUGAAAGCUCUAUCCCCAGCUGUAGCACGCACUAUUCGAGGUACCAACAAAUAGCCUGCACCUUUUUAUCUAAGUAGGCUUGGCGGAUCAUAAAAGACCAAAAGUUCGCCCAGGUACUGUGGCGCGAGACCAUUUAGUGCUUUAUAGGUCAAUAGUAGUAUUUUAUAAUCAAUACGAAAUUUGAUUGGGAGCCAGUGUAGUGUGGAUAAGAUAGGGGUGAUGUGGUCAUAUCUACUGGUUCUAGUAAGAACUCUGGCUGCUGCAUUGUGGACUAACUGGAGCUUGUUUAUGCAUCUACUGGAGCAUCCUGACAGUAAGGCAUUACAAUAAUCCAACCUAGAGGUAACAAAAGCAUGAACUAAUUUUUCUGCAUCGUGUAGUGACAAUAUAUUUCUUAUUUUAGCAAUAUUUCUGAGAUGAAAGAAAGCAAUCAUAGUUAUAUUAUCUACAUGAGCUUCAAAUGAAAGACUAGAGUCGGUAAUCACACCAAGGUCUUUUACUGCUGCACAUGAUGAAACAGAAAGGCCAUCCAGAGUUAUUAUGUAAUCAGAAAGCUUACUUCUAACUGCAUGUGGUCCUAGUACAAGUACUUCUGUCUUGUCAGAAUUAAGUAAGAGAAAGUUAAUAAGCAUCCAGUUUCUAAUGUCCUUUACACAUUCCUCAACUUUAUUAAGCUGGUGUCUGUCAUCUGGCUUUGCUGAAACAUACAACUGUGUGUCAUCAGCGUAACAGUGGAAGCUAAUACCAUGUUUACAGAUAAUUUUGCCCAGAGGUAGCAUAUAUAAAGAAAAGAUCAGUGGGCCUAAAACAGAGCCUUGCAGGACACCAAACUUUACCUUAGUAUGAGAGUCACCAUUUACGUUUACAAAUUGAUAACGAUCAGUCAAAUAAGACCUGAGCCAGGAAAGGGCCGUUCCCUUAGUGCCUACUACAUUUUCCAGUCUAUCAAGGAGAAUAGCAUGAUCAAUGGUAUCAAAAGCUGCACUAAGGUCAAGCAGCACAAGCAAGGAGACACAACCCUGAUCAGAGGCCAGUAGUAAGUCAUUUACCACUUUAACCAGUGCUGCCUCUGUGCUAUGAUGAGGCCUAAAUCCUGACUGAUACAUUUCAUGAAUGUUAUUCCUAUGUAAGUAUGACCAUAGCUGCUGUGCUACAACCUUUUCUAGGACCUUGGAGAUAAAGGGGAGGUUUGAUAUUGGUCUAUAGUUAGACAGCUGACAGGCACAUAGCCAAUGCUAAGAGAAGAAUUGAUUAUCUUUAAAAGAGGUUUGAUUGUUUCAGGAAUUAUCUGUUUGAGGAAACAAGUAGGUAAAGGAUCUAGUAUACAGGUUGAUGAUUUUGAUGAUGAAAUUAUCAAGAAGUCUACACAAACAUUCUGUCUGCCAAUUUACAGAGGCAUGCAUUCAAUCUAAUUGGCAGGAACUUCAUCCUCCCCAUAUUAUUUGGUACAUUCUUAAAAAGAAGAAUGCACUGGUGAGCUCAGGAAUACUCAAAGGCCAGGAACACCACAGAAAACAACAGUGAUCUAUGAUUUCUUUCCCUGGUGAAGAAAAACCCCUUCAUAAAAGUUGAUCAGAUCAAGAACACCCUCCUAGAGGUAGGCGUAUCUGUGUCAAAGUCAACAAUCAAGAGAAGACUGCACCAGAAUAAAUACAGAGGGUUGAGCACAAGAUGUAAACAAUUGGUAAGCCUCAAAAACAGGAAGACCAGAGUAGAGUCUGUCAAAAUAUCUUACAAAAAACAUACAGUUCAGGGAAGAACAACCUAUGGACAGAUUCACUUCAAUUUUAUUUCAAUUCGAUUUUAUUUAAAUAGUGCUUUUAACAGUGGUCACACAGCAGCUGUACGACAAUCUGAAUAUAAAUUUUACAUUUAAAACGUAUUCCUAAUGGGAAACCAUGAUCAACUUAUACCAGAAUGGGAAGAGAAGAGUUUGGAGAAGGGAAGGAACUGCUCAUGAUCUGAAGCAUGCUGCCUCAUCUUAUUGUGUGGACAUGUAUGGCUGCUAUGUACUAGUUUAUACUGGUUUCCUUGUAUUUAUUGAUGAUGUGACUACUGACAAAAGCAAUAGGAAGAAUUCUGAAGUUUAUAAGGCUAUAUUAUUUGCUCAGAUUCAGACAAAUGCUUCAAAAUCCGUUGGACUGAACUUCACAGUGUAGAUGGAUAAUAACCCAAGGCACACUUCAAAAGCACUCCAAGCAGCAACCAAGUGGAAUGUUCUGCAAGGUCAGUCACCUGACUUGAGUCCAUUUGAGCAUGCCUUGCACUUGCCGAAGGCAAAACUGAAUGCAAAAUGUAAAACUACUGAGGGCAAAACUAUGUCCAUGUGAUGUAGUUCCUGUUUUCGAAUCGUUUCUCACCUUCAUCAGUAUUUAAACUAUACCUUUUUUUUCUUUUUUCAUCAGUAAUUUUGCACUAUUGUUUUCUUUUGUUGUAUUUUUCACUUUUCACUUCUGCCACAUUAUAAAUUUUCUCGACGAACGCUUUUGGUUUUUUUGUCUGAAGACAGCAAAGCAGGGGCCAUCCACAUCGGAUCUGCCUGAAAUCAUCACAAAGCUUCAACUAAGGCUACACAUGCUACUCCCUAGUUACCUGUGAUCCUGACUCCUUCUGCACUCUAGACCUGCCUAUCACCGGAAAAUCACUUGAUGAGUUGCUGAACUUGAAGGGAGGAUUUCCAUGUUGUAUCAAAUUAAGGAAGAUGAACUGUUUUUGGGCUCAUUGUUGGUUCCGUCUACUCAGGUGGCUGACUCAGAUUCCACAAUUCCUUGGAAUGGCUUAAACACUAUCCAGGAGGUCUCAGUUAGAUGGGGCAAGCUAGGUGCUAAGCCAAAACAUUGCUCCACAACCUUAGGUAAAAACUAUGCAGCCCUGUUGUCACAACUAAAGAGGCUUAGGCUCUCACAGCUCUAAGGGUCACUAGUGCCGUAUUAGUCACCUUGCUAACCCUGCUAACCAACCAGAAUAUCCACAGCAUCAAAUCUCUACUUCCUGCAGAAACCAUUCAUUAAAAUCUUUUGACAUCA